AGAGCUGGCAUCUUGCGGGUGGGAAAAAAAAAAAGCUUUACAUGUUUGCAGGUUAUUUCUUAUUCCUGAAGGAUUUUUCUUUUUUUAUAUACAUGAGAGCAUAUGGAUCACUCCCAGCAGUGCGGUCACAGUCUCAUGUCUGUGAACGCCUGAACGAUCAUUUAUGAUUUUUUCCCCCGAGAUGAUAUGAAUGUCAAUCGGUCAAGGUCCGCGCUCCAGAUGCAACAGCGGCUGGAUUCUCUAGAUUCUACAAGGAAACAUAUGACACAAGCAUUUGGAUGAAUUUCUAAUUAAUAUAUAUAUAUAUGUUAUUUCAUAUUCUCCUGGUGAGAGGAUUGAGAUUGUCGGUGUUGUGAGCAGCGUGGGAGCUCCGCUGUGGGAAUGACCUGCUGCAGUGAAGACGGGGAACUGUGAAAUAAUAAUGGAUCAGAAAACAACGAUGUGACUGCGACACUUUAAACCAAAAUAAAGGGAAAUGCUUUACAACCAUCUCCUCGUGCAGAAAUCUUUAAAAUCACUGAUAUAACAGCUGACAUCCACCCAAAAAAAGAAGGACACCAUGUCGGCGGUGAUGAUCACCAGGAAGGUGCGAAAAUGGGAGAAGCUGCCGGGGAAGAACACUUUCUGCUGCGACGGUCGGGUGAUGAUGGCCCGGCAGAAGGGAGUCUUCUACCUGACCCUGUUCCUCAUCGUCGGGACCUGCUCCCUCUUCUUUGCUUUCGAAUGUCCGUACCUGGCUGUCCAUCUGUCUCCUGCUAUCCCAGUUUUCGCUGCCCUGCUCUUCCUCUUCGUCAUCGCCAUGUUGUUGAGGACCAGCUUCAGUGACCCCGGGGUGCUGCCACGAGCUCUUCCAGAGGAAGCCACAUUCAUCGAGAUGGAAAUUGAGGCUGCCAAUGGGAACGUCCCCGCGGGGCAGCGACCCCCACCUCGAAUCCGCAAUGUUCAGAUCAACAACCAGAUCGUCAAACUCAAGUACUGCUACACCUGCAAGAUCUUCAGACCACCUCGAGCAUCUCACUGCAGCAUCUGUGACAACUGCGUCGACCGUUUUGAUCACCACUGUCCGUGGGUAGGGAACUGUGUGGGCAAGAGGAACUACAGAUAUUUCUACAUGUUCACCUUAUCGCUCUCCCUGCUCACCAUUUAUAUCUUCACCUUCGACAUCGUCCAUGUUGUGAUGCGUUCAGUGGAUAAUGGCUUUUUGAACACUUUGAAGGAAACACCUGGAACUGUGCUGGAGGUUCUCGUGUGUUUCUUCACCCUGUGGUCGGUAGUGGGACUAACCGGCUUUCACACCUACCUGAUCUCUCUCAACCAGACCACCAAUGAGGACAUUAAAGGAUCCUGGUCGGGAAAGAACAGAGUCCAGAACCCGUACAGCCACAAGAACAUCAUCAAGAACUGCUGCGAGGUGCUCUGUGGGCCAGCGUACCCAAGCGUCUUGGACAGAAGAGGACUGAUGCAGGAGGAUUCACCUGUUUCCUCUACGUCUGCUGCACCCUCCUCUUCCAGCAGCAGCAACCCAGUGUCACAAACCACGAAAACAACGGCUCCACUCAUCCCCAACGAGCACACACCUGAUGAUGCCAAGCCGAGCAUCGCUGCUUCAACAGAGAAGAGCGACUCCCCCAAAGAGGAAUUCCCUCCUUCUACAAAGGUCCCGCCCCUGGCUUCACCCGAGGCUGAUGCAGAAGCGUCCCUCACCAAGGACAAGGCCCAGUAGCUGCAUGAGGGGGUGGCUCUCGCUGUAGCCACUCCCCACUGUAUCCUGCCUGGUCAGGAACUGAAACAUUAAUAAUCAGUGUGUGAUUACUGUGCAGGUGACUCAGUUGUUCUCUGAUACCCACCUUACGUUCAACCAGAAGAGCAGAGCUUCUGCGGCAGCUCCUCCCAUUCCCUCCUCUCCUCGCCAGUAGCUGCAGAGCUGUUUGAUUGACACUUACUCCUGCAGGAGGAGGAGUAAUUUAAUGGAAAGUCAGCAGCUUCCUCUCUGUCUCCUGAACACUGCAUGGAAAAGACACGCAGGAGGAGAAGCUGCUGGAAGGACUGCAGAGACAAAAAACUCUCCAAGCGUAUGACAUCCCCACAGGUCACCCGUGGGUCGCUCUGAAAAAUUGAUUUAAAAUUGCAUAAUGACAUUUAUUGUAAAAGGCCAGUUCAAAUAUAUUCCUUGCAACUGUCUGGCAAAGACAAUAUUACUUCUGGACAUGUAUACAACUUCAUACAUACAGUUACUUUUCUGUUGUGUGCACAUUACAUGCCCUAUGCAAACUGUGAGACGGCUGGACAAGCAGCUCUUUGAUGUGUGGAAAGAAGGGAUAGCGUCUGUGAGUCUUUAAGUUCACAUGAUGUCAAUGCAGGGGGCGGACAUGCAAAUCCUUAGCUGAGAUAUCCUAAAGGCUCCUUCCAGUCAAGUCAAACUCUACCUUGUAUUCUGAUACCGCUGCAUUCAGUACUGUUGAUACUUACGUGCAUCUAUUUUUUAAAGUGAUCCAGACCAACGCCUGUCCUUCCAUUUUUUAUAUAACAAGGAUGUAGUAUGACGUCGGUGCUCUGAAACAGAUGAAAUUGCUUGACGUGCAGUUAAAGUCUUGUAUCCAGGAGACACUCAGAGAUCCAGUGAGUGAGAGAAAAGGCCUGACUUCUCAUGAUAGUAGACACUGGCAGUAACAGUGCCUUAUUGCAACAGUUGCACCAUCAAAUGCAACUGAGGUCGACCAUCAGAGAAGCCCUUGAGAUCCGUUUCUAACCACUGGUGCAGUGUUAAAUAAGAAAGGCCAACGUUUAUACACCAAUUAGUCCAAUGUUUCCCAACCUGGGGGUUGCAAGAAAAAUCUUAGAGGUCACAAGAUGAUGUAAGGAAUAGUAAGACAUUUUGGAAAAUGUCAGGUUUAUUUGCGUUCUUCCAGAGAGUCGAAUGAAAAGAUCGAUACCGCUCUCAUGUCUGUAUAGUAAAAAUGAAGCUACAGCAAGGGGGUUAGCUUAUCUUCGCAUAAAGUCUGGAAACGGCACCUCUAAUACCCACUAAUUAAUGUGCUAAAUCAAAUUUAAUUGUCUUUUAAUAGUGAGCUUAAGAGGUUCUGGUAGAUGUUUAGACGGAGCCAGGCUAGCUUUUUCCCUCUGUUUCCAGUCUUUAUGCUAAGCUAAGCUAACUAGCUGCUCGCUGUAACUUCAUAUUUAGCGUACAGAGAGCGCACAAGAGUGUUAUCAAACUACUCAUUUAAAUCCCAGAAAGAAAUUAGAUAACCAAGUAUUUAUUUUAACAGUAUAGGAAAUAAACAUUCUGCCAAAUAAUACUACAUAAUUGUGCUUUUGAGAGGAUAGAAUGACUGGUUGAACAAGUCACAGUCUGCUGGCGUAUGAAAUAGCUUGGUUUCAAGGGGCUCACAGGUCUGAAAGGUUGGGAACCACUGAAUUAAACCUUGUGAAGCAAAAACUAAGCAAAGCCAUUUUUGAAUUGUACAUAGUUUUAGAAGGUAAAGAUGUACUGAAAGCGGUGUUGCAGUGGGGCUGGUGUUUAUUAUGCUGCCUGUGAGCUUGAGCACUUCCUCCUGCAACUCACACCAGAGCUGAUCUUCCUCUGAGUCCUCCCUCUUCCUGCCAUGUUUUGCCGCCUCCCUCGAUACAAACAUAUUUUACUCUUCUCCUAUUCCUUGCAUCUUUGCAGUUUGUGUGCCAGAGAAAUCCUUUCUUUUCACUCAUCUGUGUAUUUCAGCAUUUAAUGUGGCUGGAGACUUUUUUUUGUUAUUGUCACAGAUCGCCCGAGGGGGCAGCAACCACAGAAAGGAAAGAGGGAGAGAGAAAGUGAAGCCUAUUCUUAGUAUUUAAAUGAUGUUAGCUGAUAGUGAGGGUUUGUAAUAGUGAUUGUGUUGUAUGCAAGACAGAGUUAGUGUUUGUGAAAUAUACUUGUGUUGAAGUUCUAGUGUGUCAACAGCUUUGUAUCAGACUCAGAAAUCUGACCGAGAUUAUUUAUUAUUUAGACACAAUUAAAGUCAAGGCGCAUUUUAUCCUAUGGGUUUAAAGACAAAGAAUGGGAAAUGCAAUUAAGGAUCCUGAGAUUGUUGGCAGCUGUUUGAUUAUAUUCAUUGCACCAUAAUAUUGGCGCAGUUGAAGCAUAAGAUAUUUCACACUUUGAAUGGCAAAAGAUUAAUCUACACCAGUUUUAUUAAUUAUUGGUUCAUCUGUCGAUGAUUUUAUUGAUUGUUUGGUCUAUAUAAUGUCAGAACAUUUUGAACAUUUAACAAAUUUAAAAUUAUAUAACUUUUUAUUAAAUUAAAAACAAAACCCCAAAUAUUUAAUUUAUUAUCAGAAAAUAUUUACAUUCAAAAAGCUGGAACUAGCACAUUUGGGCACUUAAAAAAAUAGCUGGUAAUCCAUUUUUUGUUGCUCGACUCAUUGAUUAAUUGACUGAUGGUUUCAGCUCGAGGUUUAUCUCUACACUCGGAUGAAAACAGGAGAAUUAACUGACAUAAUCUGUUGGAAGAAGCUUUAGGUGUGUGGCAGUAUUGUUUCUGUGAAGUAUAAAAAAUAUUAUAACUGCUGAGUAUGUGUUUGGAAAACUUUACAGUAAGGAUUACUAAACCAAGACCAGCUUUUAAAGAUGAAAUUAGUGGCUUAACUUUAUUUGUAGAAAGUAUUUGAAGACAGUUUGGUGUGUUUGAUAGCUGUCGCCGAGAAGCAAGAAUGUAUGUGAUUGAUAUUCCAAUAAAAGAAGGGACGGGAGAUUUUAAAGGAUUAAGUUUAAGGUCUAAAGGUUUUGCCGACUUAAGAUCUGAGCUGAUCUUUUGUACAUCUGAUUCCUGCAUUAAAAUGCCAUGAAGUGGUCAGAUCUGAAUGCUCUGAUCAAUCUAUUACAUUGCAUUAUGUAUACAGAUACAGUAAUAUACCAUUGAUGGAACUCUUAAUUUAUGAUCACUUUGUUAAGUAUCAGCACUGUGAUUAUCUGUAUUUCAUUCAAUUUACUUCACUUCUUUUUACAUGAUCAAUG